CACCGUGCGGGCGGAGCGGCGGGGCCCGCGGCGCAGGAAAUAAGCGGCCUCUAAUGCGAGGAGCACGAUGAAGUUCGGUUGCCUUUCCUUCCGACAGCCCUACGCAGGGUUGCUUCUAAACCAAGUCAAAACAGUAGAGACCCGCUGGCGUCCUUUGCUAGCAGGCUACAAGAACUGCACCAUUGCUAUUCAUAUAGCUGUUAAGGACUGGGAAGAUGAAACAUGGAGAGAAAUUCUUCUGAAUAGGCUCGACAUGACACCAAAACAACUGCAGGAUUUGUUGGAUGAAGGGGAAAAAUUUGGCAGAGGAGUUAUUGCAGGAUUAAUUGAUGUUGGAGAGACAUCACUAUAUCCAGAAAACCUGCCUCCUGAAGAGAUUCUGGAGCUGGAAAACAAAGCUGUCCUCAGUAAUCUAGAACAGAAAUACUUGACUGUUGUUUCAAAUCCCAGAUGGCUCCUGGAACCAAUUCCUGCCAGAGGGAGAACAGGGGUGUGGCAGGUGGACAUCCCUGAAGAACUGAUCCCUUCAGAAUUGUAACUGUUGCCCCUUACUAUUGUUUUUUCCUGCCUAAAUGCAGACCUGUAUUUAAGAUGCUGACUUGUGAAUUACAUCAGCAUUUUGACUAGGAUUCUAUUCCAAAACUAUUUGAAAUGGCAAAUACAUUUGAAGAACUGCUUUUUGAGGCAAAACAAACAAGAUGUGUCUUUAUGACUAUUACAUGAAAUUGUUUUUCUAGACUUUCUGUAUAAAAAACUAAGUAAAUGCCAUUUUAAAAUGUACAGUUGUGCAUUGUGCCAAUUUAAAUGUAAAUUAAAAUUAUUUUUUGAUACCUGC